AUGUCGAGUCAACCAAGAAUCCCAUUCAAACAUUAUUUGCACAGUGGAUAUGCACACCCUGUAACAAGAUCAUGGCAAGGUGACACUACCAUCCUCAAGUCACAGUUAAUAUACCCAAUCUUUGUAACUGACCAACAAAACACAAAGACUGAAAUCAAAUCAUUACCAGGAAACUAUCAAAUAUCAGUUGAUUUGGUUGUAGAUUUCUUAAAGCCAUUGGUAGAAAAGGGAUUAAAGAGUAUUAUAUUGUUUGGUGUUAUUAUCAAUGCUCAAGACAAGAAUGGUCAUGGAAGCUUGGCCAGUGAUGACAAGUCACCGGUGUGUCUGGCCAUCCGUCUACUCAAGGUAGCCUUUCCACAACUUUGUAUUGCCUGUGACGUGUGUUUAUGUGCAUACACUCAUCAUGGGCACUGCGGAGUAUUGGUCAGCGACGAUGAACCAGUCAUUGACAAUGAAAAGUCUGUCGAACGUCUUGCUGCAAUGUCACUUGCAUUUGCCAAGGCUGGUGCACAUAUUAUUGCUCCAUCUGAUAUGAUGGAUGGUCGUAUUGCAGCCAUUAAAACUAUAUUACAUGCUGAGGGAUAUGGAAGUCGCGUUGCUGUCAUGGCUUAUAGCAGCAAGUUUGCCAGUUGCUUUUACGGGCCAUUCCGUGAUGCUGCUGGAUCCGGUGCCAAGUUUGGCGACCGUUCUGCAUACCAAUUACCAGCUGCUUCUCGUCAACUUGCCAAACGUGCAGCCAUUAGAGACGCUGAAGAGGGUGCUGAUUUUGUCAUGGUCAAGCCAGCUGGUCCAUACCUCGAUAUUGUCCGUGAGGUCAAAGAUGCCGUAGACGUCCCAGUCUGUUGUUACCAAGUCAGUGGCGAGUACGCCAUGUUGUACCAUGCAGCAGCUGCCGGUGGUAUCGAUUUAAAACAAGGUGUUUUGGAAUCACUCAUUUGUCUUCAACGUGCCGGUUGCGAUAUUUUCAUUACCUAUUUCACUCCAUUAUUAUUAGAUUGGUUACCUCUUUAA